AUGAAUAAAUACGUACAUCAUCCUCUUCUUAGUGAACUUUUUACGCGCGCCGAGGGUGUAAGAUUCUCGUUGCCCGUUCAGAGACCUAUAAAUUGUUCAGCGGUAUUGCCAAUUUUCGGUUCCUCUUUAUGUUUCACUCACGAUUUUCGAAUGCCAUCACCUCCAGCAUUAGCUGAUUGCGGUCAGCCGGUAAAGGAAAUGAGAUUUGUGAAAAUGGUUAACUUCAUUAGAGAAGAAAAUGCCAAAUACAAUGAAGAAACUAAUUGGAUUUGUUUAUCUAAAGCUCAUUUCAUUUCGUCAGAAUAG